AUGAAGGCCGGAAGCCAGGUGCAUUUUGGUUUUCCCUGCGUGCAGUCCGGCUUCCUCACACCUCCUCAGCACAGGCUGUCCAACGCAUUGUUCGGUCUUGAGCGCUCCGGAGCUCUUCCAGGAGCUAUUGAAGAUUGUGCGCUGGGAGUGGCGGUUCUAAUUCUGAAUGCCUUGCCUCAAGCGGAAAUCCGCUUUGGUACUGCGAAGGCCAAAGAGUAUUUCUUGCUCUACGAGGGUUUGAGGCAAAGAUAUGGUCAUCUCUGGAAUGCAUCUGGUUUUGCAUGGAAUCUGCAGACACAUCAAUCAGCCAGUUAUCCGCUGCUUCUCGGCCUGAAGCCGCAGGGUUGUUACGACUCGGGCAUCAAAGUUUAUGUCUAUGAAACGAAGUUCGCUGCUCGGCCGGUGGAUUGCAGCCAGGGUAUGUUUGCCAGCGAGGUUUUCGUCCACCAGUUUCUCUUACAUAGCACAUGUCGAACGGAGAACCCGGCCGAAGCCGAUUUCUUCUUCGUGCCUGUCUAUGCUGCAUGUGUAAUGACGAAAGACAGAAACACAGCCGACGAUAUGGAUGCUUUCUACAGCCGCCUGGUGAAGGAAGAGCUUCGGUACUUCGAGGACCAGGGUGGAAUUGACCACAUAUUUCUGUGGUCUUCGGAGACCUACGAUUUCCCCUCGUGGCAGGACUACAUCCCAGACUCGCUCUUCCUGUCCGUGGAAGCUAGGCCAAUUGAGUGCACGGACUUCGACUUCUUUUCAGAAGAGACGGCCGAUAAUUUUGGUGCUCACUGCAAGCACUGCUACUGGUGCUUUACACCGUGGAAAGAUUAUGUCAUUCCGGGCUUCGUGGAGAAGUGGAGCAUCGACAAGCUGCAUGCUGUGGAAAAGCCCCAUGCACAUCGGUCCUACACGGCGUGCUACCACGGCGCUGACUCUGAUGCUUUGGCCAUCUACAAGUAUGCGAACACCACAGUGCGGAACGAUCUCCAAACACUCCGUGGUCGGCCAGGCUUCAGCAUCGGCUACAGGUUUGUUCGGAUUAUCGAGUACUUCGAUCGUAUCGGCGAUUGCCACUUCUGCUUUACGCCGAAAGGCUUGGGCUUUUGGAGCAAUCGGCUGUACGAGGUCAUGUUUGCGGGUUGCAUACCCGUCAUCCUUUCCGACGAUAUCGGCCUGCCUUUCGAUGACUUCCUUGACUGGUCGUCGUUUUCGUUGAAGUGGCCCAUGGAUGAGGUAGGCCCGGCGCUGGCCGAGCACUUGGAACGCCUUCUGGAGUCGCAUCGUUCGGUGGUGGCAGACAUGCACCAAGCGGUGCUGCGUAACAGGUGCUGGUUCGACUACAACUCGGAGGAUCCCAACUGCUCGCCUUACCUGGGCAUUCUUCGCUACCUUCAGAAGAGGAAGCAAGCCAUGCCCCGCUCACAAGGCUUGGAAGAUUGCCGGUGGCCGGCCAUGUUUGACGUGUCCAAUGGAUCCCUGAAGAGACCUUGGCAGGAAGGACGUGGGAUAUCGUCACGCCUCCUAUACGCGGGACUCCACGGGCAGUUGCCGAGCUGGCCGAGCCAGUGCAGCGAUGACGCAGAAAAUGUGCGGUGA